GCUAACAUUAUAACCUGCACCAGAGACGGCACUUGGGACAGCACGUUUAAAGCAUGCAAAUUAAUGCACGGGGAAUGCGGCCAACCAGCGUCUAGUAAAUAUGUUGAGUUCAAGUGUAAAGGCCAUUCUAUCAGCGACACUUGUUCAGUAACUUGUAAGGAUCAUGACGUAGAUUCUGUCAUACAGACUGCAGGAACUAUCAGUAGACACAGUAGCAUUAUGUGCACUGGGCUUAAGAAAUGGAUUCCGGAUCCUACAAGUUUUUCCUGUGUUCAGAAAUGCAUUGAGAAAUUCAUUGAAGAUGAGAUGUGUGAUCCCCAGAACAACAGAGCAUACUGUGAUUGGGAUGGAGGUGACUGUUGUGCAUCUACUUUAGGUAAAGAGGUCGACAAAUCACUCUGCAUGGAGGAGUGCCCAUGUCUAGAUCCAGAUGCCGAGGAAAAUAUUAAAGAAAGCAGACAGAAUACAAAGAAACUAAUCAGAAACAUGAAUGGCUGAAAAGUUGCAGAAAUAACAUCAUAUUUAAACUUUUGACAGUGUUGUAUAAUUGUUUUCGUAUCAUAACCCAAAUAUAUAAUAUCAGUAUUAUCAGUACGUAUACUAUAUAUUUAUUGGUAAAAGCAGAAGUAGGUAGAUAUUAAGUUGAAUGGCGGUCAAGUGGCCAUUUUAACUGAAAUAGUAUUAUCACUACAGCAGUCUCAGAAGUGCAGCAGUCGUCCACAUGAUGUUAUGUCUGGGUUUUCAGUGGUUAUUUAAAAUGAAACCCAAGUAUACCUGCAUUUUGGCACAUUUUUGGUGUCAUCAGUAUCCUGAGUACAAUCACCCCCAUUUUAUUUAAUUAAACAAUAUUUUGAUAAAAUGGAAAUUUGCGAUCUAUAGUGAAUUGCGACUCCACCAAUCAUCACUGGAUGAAUAGUUAAUUUCGUUGCCAUCAGAUGACAUAAGUCGUCUCAGUGUGUGAUGAAUUGUUUGGUCAUGGCAACUUUUAUUCGAUAUUAAUAUUGAAGCAAUUUAGAUAAGCUAACUGUUUCAAAAUCAGUGAAUGCAGUAUGCAAAUUAGUGAGUGUACAUAAAUUAUAGUAUGUAAAUUAGAUAAUUUGAAUAAUUCAACUUGAAUGCACGAUUUCUCUUUUUUUUUCUAUGUAUCACCGUUUUGUAGAUUUUGAAAGGAUGGCAGGUAUAAACUAAUAAAAAGUGAUGUUUAGUUUUAGCACACUAACACAAAAUAUAUUAAAUAUUAUAUCAGUUAUUAUAUAUCUAGGGAUUAAUAAUGUGUAUAUAUAUCAUUACUUACAUUUGAUUCUGCCUGGUGCAGAAUCUAUAUUUGAGGCUUGAAAGAUUCUUGAAUAAAGCAGUAUCUGCAAAUAACGAACCACUAA